UUUAUCUUUUUUAUUACAUCAAGUUAUUGUUGAAGAAUUAAAAAAGAUGAAUUUUGCACAUUUCAAAUUUCUCGUUUUAUUCAAUGCUCUUAAAAAUAAUCUUCAAUCUAAUUUAACUGAAGUAGUAUAUACAGAUAAAGGACCGGUUCAAGGAGAAUUUCGCACCACUGUACAAAAUAAAAUAAAAUAUUCAGCAUUUCGAGGUAUUCGUUAUGGAAAACCACCUGUCGGAUAUGCCAGAUUUAAGCCACCAGAAGAAGCAGAUCCGUGGAGAAAAGUAUUUAAUGCAACAUCAGAAGCUACACCCUGUCCUCAAAGAGACAUAAUAAAUAAAGUGUAUGUUGGCGAUGAAGACUGUUUGAAUCUCAAUGUGUAUACCCCUAAGACAAAUUUUAAGAAGACAAAUGACAAGUUAUUACCUGUUAUGGUAUGGUUACAUGGCGGUGGAUUUUACAGUGGUUGGACUAAUAUAUCUUUUUUUGGACCGGAUUUUUUGAUAGAAGAAAAAGUUGUUGUAGUAGCAGUUAAUUAUCGUCUUGGAGCAUUGGGAUUUUUAGCUUUAAAUCACACUAAUGCGACUGGGAAUGCUGGGUUGAAGGAUCAGUUGUUAGCUUUAAAAUGGGUAAAUAAAAAUAUUAAAAAGUUUGGAGGAGAUCCCAAUCUCGUGACACUUUUUGGUCAUAGUGCUGGUGGUGUUUCGGUUGAUUAUCACAUACUUUCGAAGGCUUCAAAAGGGUUAUUUCAUCGAUCUAUUAGCAUGAGUGGAUCUCAUUAUUGCCAAUGGGCAUAUUCCCGUCCCAAGGAAGCAGAAAGUCAAGCUUUUAAUCUUGCUUUCUUUCUUCAUUUGAAUAUAACUGAUAGAAAUAAAGAUGAACUUUUAACAAGCUUAUAUAAAAUACCACCCCAAGAUAUAGUUGAAGCAACAAGAAACCUCCACAAUAUUGAUUUACCAUUUAAACCGACGUUAGAAGAUCCUUUAGUUGCUGGUGAUAGUGCAUUUUACUCUCAAUGUUCUGAUGAUAUUUAUAAAUCUGGUAAUUUUAGUCAUGUACCUCAUAUGACUGGUUUUAUGAAAGACGAAGCAUUGACAAUAGGGCCAGGAGACAGUAUGUUGAUGAUAAAAAAAACGUUAAAUGAAGGAGAUAGGGUCAUUAAAAAUUCGAGUAAUUUUCUCUCCUUUCCAUGGAAAAAUUUUUAUGCGUAUAUGGUAACGCAAGGAGCUUCACUUCUUUUAACUAGUGUAUCCGAAGCAGCAUUUAUUAAAGAUAUCGAUGCAAAACAACAAAUAAUGACCCAAUACAGUACUGCGCCUGUUUAUUUUUACGGAAUUUCAUUUACGUCAACCAUAUCUAUACAUGAACGAAUUCAUCAUAUUAAUAUGAAAGGUGCUGCUCAUGAGGAUGAAUUAGCUUAUUUUUGGUAUGUGUCUCUUCUGGAGUAUCCUGAAGAUCCUAAAAAUCCUUUCAUAAUUAUGAAAAAUCGUAUUACUCGAAUGUGGACAAAUUUCGCAAAAUAUGGAAAUCCUACUCCUGACGGAGAAUCCGAUCCUCUUCUUGGUAUAAAAUGGACGGAAGCCAAAGUUGACGGUAAAUUUUUGGACAUUAAUGAAGAUUUAACUAUGAAAAAAAAUUCUAUUAGUGCAGCCUCACAAUUGUUUUCAUAUGCCAUUCAUGGCUUUGGAACAAAUUAUCAAUGCUCUAAUAGUCAAAAUAGUUCCUAAAGUGUAUAA